CAGGAAGACGAUAGUACAUCGCCCAGCAGAUUCAAACGGCAGGAAGACAACUUUGCCAAAAAAUAAAUCUUGCCCAAACAUAUGUGCAGUAAUGAAUCUGGAUAUACAUCCAAAAGAAAACAGAAGGACUCUUCCUGCUAACACCUACCAUUUUAACAAAGAUUUGACAAUGAAGGGCAAGAGUGACCUACAAUCUUCCUCCAAGGUACCUGAGGAGGAAGAAGGUGAUUAUGAGACUGUAAGUUCUUCCACUCUGGAGGCCAUCCAUGCUUUGAGAAUCCUUCCUGCCAAACCUCUACAAGAAUCUGAAUAUGCAGAUAAACGUUGUUUAAGGCCUUCAGGUACCACUUCCUCAGCGAACAACCAGCACACAUCUCAGCCCCCUCAAUACUCAGCUAUACACACGCCUGUUCUAGAGGGGAGGAGCACGCCAAGUGUUAGAGGAGAAAGAGUGAAAACACAUGGACCCCAGAACCCUGUGCCUCCCCCACGGCCUCUGAAGACACUGCCAAAGCAAUAUCAGCCACUUCCUCCAGAGCCGAAGAUAAGCAGCCAGUUCUUUCACACGAGGAAAACGCUCAGCCAAGCUCACACCUUUCCAAUAUCAGCAAAAGUCACAAGACAUCUAUCUGUUAAGGAACUAAACGAAGCACCUGGAAGAGAACAAGUUACAGAUUUGGGGAAGAAACCUGAAAUAUCUUUUCAAGGACAACAGUAUAAACCAAAGCAACAUCCUGAAGCCAGCCUUCAAUGUACACGGAGCUCUAAAAGCAAUUGCAGCUUAGGCUCCACGUUAAAUGUGGAGAACUCAUCAGUGAAGAGGUCACCAUCUCCUACACCGUACACAGCACGCAAAGAUAAAUCAAAACAUUCACUUGUAAAACGGGAAAUGCAACCUCUUACCCAACAGACUGAAAAGGAUUUAAACAAAUAUGAAUGGUACAUUGGAGAAUAUGAUCGCCACGAAGCAGAGAAGGCACUGUUACAGGAAAACACUGAUGAGACAUUCCUGGUUAGAGAUUGUUCAAAGAAAUCAAACGCUGAACCGUAUGUUUUGGUUGUCUAUUACGGAAGAAAAGUAUACAACAUUAAAGUACGUUUUCUGGAAGAGAGCCAACAAUACGCACUGGGAACAGGGCUCAGAGGAGAAGAUAGAUUUAAUUCUGUGAAAGAGAUCAUUGACUUCUACAGAUAUGUUCCCAUCACACUCAUUGACGGAAAGGAUAAAUCAGGAAUCCAGAGAGAACAAUGCUACCUUACAUAUCCGUUCAAGUUGCGCAACAGAUGCUUUCUGCCUUAACGUCACCGAUUUAUUUGUAUAGAUGUAAAUAGAACAAUUAUUUAAAUGUCUCAAAAUCAGAUUAGCCUUUGAGUGGGAAGCUCCCAGUAAUAUUAUGAAGCAUUCUAAAAAAAUCUUCUCUCUAACCGAGAACACAGAUCUACUCCAUUUUUUGAUUCUUGUAAUUCGUUUUUAACUUUGAGAAUACAGGUAAAAUAUAUGCCAUUGUGUUAAUUCACAGAAAAGUGUUAAGAAACUGACUCCUGGUAUCUUGACAAUGAUUGAGCAAUUCGCUUAUCUUGCACUCAAACUUCUAACACAAGACAAAACCCAAAUUCAGUCUUGCUUACUUAAAUGUCACUGAAGCUGUCAGUAGCAAAACCUAAUAAAGCAUACUAGAAUCACAUAAAAAAGAUAUUCUUGCCUUUAAAAAUACACAUGAAAUGCUAUUUAUCUGAACACUCACUGUUUAACAAUUUCAUUCAGUGUGCAUAUGUGUUUGCACAGUAACAAGUUACGCUCAGCAGCCACUGAAGUCAGUGGGUGUCAGCCGAUGCUCAUAGGUACUGGAGCAGAUUAUAAAGCUAGCUUUAAUUAUGUAAAUUCUAUUACUUAACUAACACUUACUCUUUAGCUUAAAUAGCA